GGUCGGACCAACUCAAUCCAGCGUGCCUUUAGCCUCGCCGUGGAGAGAGGCUCGCAUGUCGUCUUCGAGCCGGCCAUGGGUAUGGUCUUCUCGUCAGAGCAAGAGGCGCGCGAGUUUUACAACGCCUAUUCUUGGGAAGUUGGGUUCGGGAUCAAGCGGGGAAACAAGUAUACCACGAAGCCCGCAUGCUACAAAACAAUGCAUGAAUUCCUCUGCUCGUGCGAGGGAUCCAACAAGGAGGAGAACACAAAAUCUGCUAGGACAAAAUGCAAGGCUAUGGUCAGGCUAAAGAGGACUGCAGAUGAUGGAAGGUACUUCUCCACAGUCGUCCUGACCCAUAACCACGAGCUUGCAGACACUGCCAGAGAGAAGAAGGUGUGGAAGUGCCACAAUACCAUUGACUCGUCCAUCAAAGAACUGAUCAAGCAUAUGCGGUCUAACAACUUCCCUAUGAACAAGGUUUAUGGCGUGAUGUCCGAUAUACACGGGCGUCACGAAGAGGUUCCCUUCGGCAAGCGUUGUUUGAAGAAUCUAUGCGCAACCCUCGCACACGAUUCAAGCCUCGACGACAUCACGAAGACGCUCGAUAUAUUCAGUAAGAUGCAAGCGCAAAACCCUGAUUUUUUUUACGCGGUGAAGGUCGACUCAGAGAGGCGUGUGCAUGGCAUUCUUUCAUGUCACUCGAAGAGCCGAGCUGACUAUCAUCUGUUUGGUGACGUGCUGACCUUCGACACCACUUAUAAGAGUAAUCUGUAUGAGAUGCCUGUGGGUCUUUUCGUUGGAGUGAACAAUCACUACCAAUCCGCGCUGUUCGGGUGUGUUAUUCUCAGAGAAGAAACAGAAGACUCAUUCAAGUGGGCAUUUUCUACCUUUGUUGAAGCCAAGGGCGGGAAGAUGCCACAGACGAUACUCACAGGUACCAGGCAACUUGGUGUCAUGUUUGUCUGUAUAUAAGGCAUGCAUUCCUCCUUAUAAAUCCUGACUCAUUUGUUCUGUGAAUUAUCAGAUCAAUGCCGGCAGAUGGAAGU